AUGGCGCGUCCCGUGGUCGCGCCGCUCCCACGAUCCGGGCCGCUCAUGCACGCGAUCCCGAGAAAGCUCUCGCUCACCUUUGGCGACCCGUCGCUCGAAGGACAGUACGAACGCAGCCAGUGGGAUCGGUACCGCGUCAAGCGCGCCGUGGGCGGGACACUCGGGUUUGUGGCGUGCCUUUGGUGCGUCGUGCUCCUCGCCAAGAACGAACUGCUUUCCGUCUACCACGCGAGCGCGACGUCAUGGGUGCUCCCGGUUCUCGGCGGCCUGCAGUGCUGCGUCAUGGCAGCGUAUGCAAGCUUGGUCUUCGUGAACCAAGGGCUCUGGCGGUGGUGCUGUCUUCGGGCGUUUCUAGCGCUGGCGACGCUGGCGACGGUCGAGCUGCUCGUCUACGCCACAAACCAACCGAUGUACCUCAUCACGCUGCUUGCCGUCACCAUUGCGCUCACGUGGCACAUGCGCUUUGUCGAAUUCGUCGCGUUCAUCGGCGUCGUCGUCGUCUCGAGCGGGGUUGUGUGGGGCGUCACCACCCAAGAUUGGGUCGGGUUUGCUGUCCAUGUGAGCUUUCUCGCGGUCCUGACACGCGACUAUUACGAGCGCAAGCACACGCAGCGGCUUCGCUUCGUACAGUCCACGGCCGAUCUAACCGACGUGGCCGAAUUGCCCAGCCCAAGCGCGCACAGUGGCAUGGAGCUCGUCCUCGAGACGCUCUGUCAACUGCGCUUGCAAUACCCGACGACGAAAGCCCUCGACGUCGUGCUCCAAACGCUCCUCUCCGAGACCGAUUUGUUCACGACGUUGCCGAUACCCACGGGCGGCGACGACCACGAAGUCGGCGAGUGGUGGCGGCUCCUCGAAAGCACCAACAAGCGGCUUCGGAAGCGGCGCGAGUCGACUCUGCGCGUCCAGUCGCGGCGCAAGUCGGACGUCGCGCUGCAAAACUCGAUCGUGCAGCAGAUCCGGGUCUUGUACCCGUCGGCCUCGCAAGAACUGCGGGCGCCGACGCUCGCGUCAAUUCCGACGGCCGAGCCAAGCAUGUUUUCGCCCGAGUGGCUCCUCGACCACUGCGGGUCCGGCUCGAUCAACAUUUUCGAGCUCACCCAGCACUGCCAGUACCCCAUGACGUCCAUCUUGCUCGCGACGCUCGCGCACCAGCACCUCUUUGGCACGCUCGGCGUCUCGAUGGGCAACAUCGCCGAGUUUGCCAUCGAGGUCGAAGGCCACUACCACGCGUCCAACCCGUACCACAACGCCAUGCACGCGGCCAGCGUCAUCUGGGACGUGCACCAGCUCAUGCUGCGCGUCACACGACUCAAGCCGCUGCAGCUCUACUCGCUUCUCGUUGCGGCUGCCGUCCACGACGUCGACCACCCCGGCGUCAACAAUACCUUUCUCAUUCAUAGCAACCACCCGCUCGCGCUACAGUACUCGGACGACUCGGUGCUGGAGCGGAUGCACCUUGCGCGCGCGUUUGAGCUCAGUCGCAAGACCGGGUGCAACCCUUUUCAGAAUCUGUCGACCGAAGCGCGCGGCCAGUGCCGGCAGAUGAUCAUCCAGCUCGUGCUCGCGACAGACCUCGCCAAGCACGUGCAGCACGUCAACCACCUCAAGAGCAAGACGUACGGCACGACCGCCGAGACGCGGUACCUCGACGACGACUACACGAUGCGAACGCUCUUGAUGAUGGCCGACAUUGGCCACGCCAUGCAGCCGUUUGAGCUGCAUCAGAAAUGGGCCAACCUCGUGCAAGAAGAGUUUUACCGCCAAGGCGACCUCGAAGCCGCCCAGAAGCUCCCGAUUUCGCCGCUCUGUCAGCGCAAGGACGCGAGUGCGACCAAGUUUGCCAAGAGCCAACUUGGCUUCUUCGAGUUUAUUGUCAUGCCCCUCUACUCGAUCGCGGCCGCGGUCGUCGAAUUCACAACCAUCCAAGACGUCGUCGACAACGUCGACGCCAAUGCGGCGGAGUGGAGGAGGCAGGCCGACGCCGACGCCGUGCCAGACAAAAGUAGAUAGCAGGCCAAUAAAAAUAUCUCAUCUUUGCAGCCA